AUGACCUAUCCUGGACGCACACUGGGGGAUUCUGCCACAGAUGGAGAAAUCACCUCCAGACCCACGGUGCUGUUCCUCGGACCCUGGAGCGUGGGCAAGUCCUCCAUGGUCAACUAUCUGUUGGGUUUGCAGGACACUCCUUACCAGCUAUACACGGGUGCUGAGCCCACUACCUCAGAGUUUACCGUCAUCAUGCACGGCGAGAAGAUCCGCACCGUGGAGGGCAUCGUCAUGGCUGCCGACAGCUCUCGCUCCUUCUCCCCGCUGGAGAAGUUCGGACAGAACUUUUUGGAGAAGCUGGUUGGCAUCGAGAUGCCCCACAAGCUCCUGGAGAGGGUCACAUUCGUGGACACGCCUGGAAUCAUUGAGAACCGCAAGCAGCAGGAGAGAGGUUACCCAUUCAACGACGUGUGCCAGUGGUUUAUCGAUCGCGCCGACCUCAUUUUCGUGGUUUUUGAUCCCACCAAGCUGGACGUCGGUCUCGAGUUGGAGAUGCUCUUCCGGCAGCUGAAAGGUCGGGAGUCCCAGAUCCGUAUCAUCCUCAAUAAGGCCGACAGCUUGGCGACCCAGGACCUCAUGCGCGUCUACGGCGCCCUCUUCUGGAGCCUGGCGCCCCUCAUUAACGUGACCGAGCCCCCGCGCGUCUACGUCAGCUCCUUCUGGCCCUAUGACUACGCACCGGACACCAGCCACGACCUCUUCAAACGCGAGGAAAUAUCCUUGCUGGAGGACCUGAAUCAAGUGAUCGAGAACCGUCUGGAGAACAAAAUCGCCUUCAUCCGCCAGCAUGGCAUCCGCGUUCGCAUUCACGCCCUCUUGGUGGACCGCUACGUGCAGACUUUCAAGGAGAAGAUGAGCUUCUUCAGCGACCCCGAACUGGUCUUCAAGGAGAUCGUGGACGAUCCCGACAAGUUCUACAUUUUUAAAUCCAUCCUGGCCAAAACCAACGUCAGCAAGUUCGACCUGCCCAACCGAGAUGCUUACCGCGACUUCUUCGGAAUUAACCCAGUGAGCAGCUUCAAGCAACUGUCGGCCCAAUGCUCCUACAUGGGCGGUUGUCUACUGGAGAAGAUCGAGCGCGCCAUCACCCACGAACUGCCCUCUCUGCUCGGCAGCAUCAACUCCGGCAAGAACCCGACCCUGUCCUCCUGCGAGGCCACCGGCUGUGGGGAAAAGCCCAAGAACCGCUACCGGCGAAACUGAGAGAAGAAAACCAGGUGGGAGGGAGACCGAGGAGGAGGACGAGAGAAAGAAAGGAGGAACGGUGGAGCGAACAAACCGAGGAGGAGCAGUGGAGCUAAUCCUGUUCCUGCCGCGGGUCCGUUAAGAAUCAAUGGAGACGGAUCUCACGGGACUUUUUUUUUGCGUGAAGAGGUUGUGUGUGGGGAUGUUUGAGGGCGGGGGAUUCUGGGACGGGGUGGAGGGAGGUUCUUGUGAAGUCUUGAGGCGGAGUUUCUUGUGAAUGCGAGGAGAGUGCGCCAAAAUAACUCUCCUCUCUUUCCGCACUACUUUUAUAAACUGUCUUCGGUUUUGGAGGGAAAAAUGUGUAUGCAUGGAAAGACAAAAAUGGCUGACACACACUUAAAAAAUGUAAAAAAUAGCAAAAAUAAAAUAUCCUGAGACUGAAAA